ACAGCCAUCAGCUCAGUCGGGGGUGAGUGCUGGGAUCUCUAAGACCCCAGGAGCUGCCCAAGGAACUCCCCUGCCUGGGGGUGAAGCCAGUGGGACACUGGAUCCUCCAAACCUGCUGUGAGCACUGGAUUCUUGAAGGGGACUUGGUGCUGACACUGGCCACCCGGCACGAGGGGGUUAAUGGAGCUGAGACCUCGGGGCAGGGCCGGCCGACAGCUGCCCAGCAGCAGGGAAGCCAGAGGGCAGGAGCAGCCAGCCCAGCAGACCGCCCUCGCGCACUCUGCACGCGGGAUGGCCCUGAGGAAAGGAGGCCUGGCCCUGGUGGUGCUGCUAGUCUGGGCAGCACUGGGGCCCCAUGGUAGCCUGGAGGGAGCAGAGCCCAGAGCACUGGCAGAUGCCGAGGGCCCACAGUGCCCAGCCGUGUGUGCCUGCAGCCAUGACUAUGUGGAUGAGCUCCACGUCUUCUGCAGCGCAAGGAACCUCACGCGGCCGCCCAGUGGCAUCCCGGAUGGCACCAGGGCCCUGUGGCUUGACAGCAACAACCUCUCCUCAAUACCCCCAGCAGCCUUUCGGAACCUCUCAGGCCUGGACUUCCUCAACGUGCAGGGCAACCUGCUUGGCGGCCUGGAGCCACAGGCAUUGCUGGGCCUGCAGAACCUGUACCACCUUCACCUGGAGCGGAACCGGCUGCGGAGCCUGGCGGCUGGUUCAUUUGCCCACACACCAGGCCUUGCUUCACUAAGCCUCAGCAACAACCAGCUGGGCAGGCUGGAGGAGGGCACCUUUCGAGGCCUCACCCACCUCUGGGCCCUCAACCUUGGCUGGAACAGCCUGGUGGUGCUACCUGAUACUACGUUCCAGGGCCUGAGCAAGCUCCGCGAGCUGGUGCUAGCAGGCAACAAACUGGCCUACCUGCAGCCAGCACUCUUCUGUGGCCUGGGUGAGCUGCGGGAGCUGGACCUGAGCAGGAAUGCGCUGCGAAGCGUCAAGGCCAAUGUCUUUGUGCAGCUGCCCCGACUCCAGAAGCUUUACCUGGAUCGCAACCUCAUCACGGCUGUGGCCUCUGGUGCCUUCCUGGGUAUGAAAGCACUGCGCUGGCUGGACCUGUCCCACAACCGCGUAGCUGGCCUCCUGGAGGACACCUUCCCAGGCCUGCUGGGCCUGCAUGUCCUGCGCCUGGCACACAACGGCAUUACUAGCCUGAGACCCCGUAUCUUCAAGGAUCUGCACUUCCUGGAGGAGCUGCAGCUUGGCCACAACCGCAUCCGGCAGCUGGCAGAAAAAACAUUCGAGGGCCUGGGGCAGCUGGAGGUACUUACCCUCAAUGACAACCAGAUCCAGGAGAUCAAGGUGGGUGCUUUCCUUGGGCUCUCCAACGUGGCUGUCAUGAAUCUCUCUGGCAACUGUCUCCAGAGCCUCCCAGAGCAGGUGUUCCAGGGCCUCAGCAAGCUGCACAGUCUGCACCUGGAGGGCAGCUGCUUGGGCCGCAUCCGCCUGCACACCUUUACUGGCCUCUCCGGGCUGCGCCGGCUUUUCCUCAGGGACAACAGCAUCUCCAGCAUCGAGGAGCAGAGCCUGGGAGGACUGCCUGAGCUCCUGGAGCUUGACCUCACCUCCAACCAGCUCACACACCUGCCCCGCGAGCUCUUCCAGGGCCUGGGCCAGCUGGAGUACCUGCUCCUCGCUCGCAACCAGCUGUCGGCACUGCCCGUGGACAUCCUGGGCCCCUUGCAGAGGGCAUUCUGGCUGGAUCUCUCACACAACCGCUUGGAGGCACUGGCCGAGGGCCUCUUCUUACCACUGGGGCAGCUGCGCUACCUCAGCCUCAGGAACAACUCCCUACAGACCUUUGUGCCGCCGCCUGCCAGCCUGGAGCGCCUGUGGCUUGAGGGCAACCCAUGGGACUGCAGUUGUUCCCUGAAGACACUGCGGGACUUUGCCCUGCACAGGCCCAGCGUCGUGCCUCGCUUUGUGCAGGCUGUGUGUGAGGGAGAUGAAUGCCAGCCUGCCUACACUUACAACAAUAUCACCUGUACCAGCCCUGCCAACGUCUCGGGCCUCGACCUGCGGGACGUUGGCGAGGCCCACUUUGUGCCCUGCUGACCCAGGUCCGCUGGCCUCAGUGCUCCUGCUGGGCUGGCCCCGGGCUUCAGGAUGAGUUUUCACCGUCCCCAGGGCCCUGGUGGGUAUGCUGUUCACUCCCUGAGGAACAGGGUCCUGGCAGCUGAGUGACCCCGGCUCAGGAGAGGUGG